AUCGGGCUGGACUCCGGGCAGAGGCACAUCGGGCUGGACUCCGGGCAGAGGACACAUAAGAUCACCAGGCGAAGCAGCAGGCACCGGGCCACCAUUGCGGAGCAGCAGGCACCGGGCCACCAUGCGGAGCAGCCCCCAGGCGGACAAGCGGCGGGCGCCGAACCCCCCGGCGGAGCAACAGCGGGCAUCGGGUCACCAGGCCAUCAGCAGGCACCGGACCACCAAGCGGAGCAGCAGGCACCGGGCCACCAUGCGGAGCAGCAGGCCCACCGGGCCACCAGCGGCGGAGCAGCAGGCACCGUGCCACCAUGGCGGCGGAGCAGCAGGCACCGGGCCACCAGGCGGAGCAGCAGGCACCGGGCCCCCAGGCGGGGGCGUAACAGGCAUCGGGCCCCCAGGCGGGGCGACAGGCCUCGGGCCCCCAGGGCGGGGCGCCAGUGGCCUCGAGGCCCCCAGGCGAAGAGCGGAGGCACAGGUCGCCGGACCCCCAGGCGCGGAGCGACAGGUCUCGGGCCC